AUGGCUUCCAGUUCCGUUCCUUUCAGUGUUGGUGGGCUUGCCGAGCUGCUUGUCGACGACUACGCCCAAGUCGGUGCCUCACGUGGGUCAUUUGUGGAAGUCCUAGAGAUCAUCCCACACGGCCCCACUGCAGGCGAGUCGUCCAUCAAAGUCGCCCUCGGCAUGCACGGCGCGGUUGCCUACCUACAGGAGGACGCCCUGCGGGCCCUGCCAGCGCGCCCUGCUGCGGUGCCGGAUCCACCACUUGCGAAGCUGACGUCAAGACCACCUCAAGUGCAGCAGCAGCCCGUUCCACCGCAGGUGCGGCAGCAGCCCGUGCCAGAAGCGCAGGAGCCGAUUCUGUACUUCUUGCAGGAGCCGGCUCGACUCAUAUGCCUCCGACUGGUGAGUUCGUCAGAGCUGGGCCAAGUUGCCUUCAACGCGGUGGACGCCAUGCUGGCGCUAGUUCGCCAGAGCCGAGCGGACGUGGUCCAAGUCGACAGGUACGAAGACACAUGCCCGGUUUUGGAGCAGCUCCACUCGAAAGGAAUCUGGUGCUCGGAAACCUACUCCUCGGUAGCCUCGAUUCAGUGCCCUGAUGGCAGCAUGCUGAGUGCUGUAGGGCUCGGGUCAAACAAGCAGAACCGCGCCAGGGCGGUGCACCUCUCCGUGGCGACAGCGCUGGCCCUAGAGCUUCUGAAGGGCUCCUCUCCGUCCUUGAUGGCAUCUCUACGGCAGGUGAUGCACCAUUUCCCGGUGCUAGAGAGCCUUGUGAAAGAGGCCCGACAGCUCAAAGAGCGCGCGGACCGCCCUGAUCCGGAGGUCGUGCUGCCUCCGCCUCCGACGUUGGAAGAGUGUUACGACUUCGCAAGGCAGUUCAUGGUCUUCCAUGAAGACCCAGACCUGUGGUUUAGCGUCGGCCGCAUCGGUGGCGAGAACCUUUGA